AUGGCUGGCUGGAGCGGAAUUUUCCGCCCGUCUAGGAGACCGGAAAACGUCCCCAGUCCCUUCACCGCGGAGGAUGAAAAGCACGAUACAAUCGAUGUCACUGUUCACGAAUCGAGUGCCGCAUUUCCAGAUGCCACUGGGGCAUCAAAGAUCCAAGCUGCCGAAGCCGUCAGCGGGCGCAAAGGCCGGUAUCUAUUGUAUGCGGGACUGGCGAUGAUGAUGGUCAUUUAUGAAUUAGACAACUCGACCGUGGGGACUUAUCGUAACUUUGCGACAUCUGACUUUGACGCUCUUGCCGAACUGGCCACCUUGAACACUGCAGCGAGCAUUAUUUCCGCCAUCUCCAAGCCCCCAAUCGCCAAGAUCUCCGACGUCCUCGGACGGGGUGAAGCCUAUGUAUUCGCUGUCACAUGCUACGUGGUUUCCUACAUUCUCUGCGCCUCUUCCAAGACCUUCAGCACUUACGCAGGCGGAUACGUCCUCUAUUCGAUCGGGCAGGCUGGCACAUCCUUUUUGAAUGCUACGAUCGUCUCGGAUCUAUCAUCUAUGCGAUGGAGAGGGUUCGCCUAUAAUAUUCUCUACCUCCCAUUUCUCGUCAUUCCUUGGGUGUCCGCGUUCAUUGUGCAGAGCGUCGUGGAUGGCAUUGGCUGGCGUUGGGGGAUUGGCAUGUUCGCCAUACUGAUGCCUUUCGGUGCCAGCUUCAUUAUAACCACCCUCCUCGUCUUCCAGCAGCGGGCGAAGCGGUCAGGUCUCGUACUCAAUGAACAGCUUAAUCUAUAUGGUUUCUUCUCUCGCAUCGACCUAGGUGGCCUGUUCAUUCUAAGCGCCGGCUUCGCUUUGGUUCUGAUCCCUAUUACACUGGCUGCUACCUCUGCUGGCCGUUGGAAGACCCCCUGGGUCGAUGCAUUGAUUGCUGUGGGAGUCGUCAUCCUGGCUUGCCUUUACCCAUAUGAGAAAUACGUUGCCCGGCAUCCUGUGGUGCCUGUGCGCUACUUCCGCAACCUUUCAGUUCUGCUCCCAGUGAUACUGGUAUGCAUCGACAACAUCAGUUUUGGCGCUACCCAUACAUAUUUGUAUGUGUGGUCCGAGGUGUCACAUAACUUUUCGCCACGCAAUGCGCAGUUCCUCUACUAUACGAACGGGGUUAUGCAAGCCCUCGUGGGCAUGGGAACGGGCUUACUGAUGUACCGCCUACGAUCCUACAAGUGGAUUGGCGUCGUCGGAGCGGUCGUUCGCAUGGUGGGAUACGGGGCCAUGGUUCGCCUUCGCACAAACGAAAGCUCUGUGGCCGAGUUGUUCAUCGUGCAACUGGUCCAAGGCAUUGGUAGUGGCAUUAUCGAGACCGUCGGGAUUGUUGCAGCACAGAUCACGGUGUCGCAUGCGGAACUCGCGCAGGUCACAUCGUUGGUCCUGCUGGCCGCGUAUCUGGGCAACGGGAUAGGCUCUGCAAUUGCCGGAGGAAUAUACUCGGGACAGCUGCGACAACAACUGCGGUUACAUCUGGGGUCUGGUGUGAGUGAAUCUACGGUUGAUCGGCUGUACAACUCUAUUACAGGUACUCUCCCAGCAUGGGGGUCAACCGAGCGAACAGCGAUUGACAGAGCUUAUUCAGAUGUGAUGGGGUCGAUAACUAUUGCGGCUCUGGCGUUUUCUGCCCCAAUAGUAAUUUUGUCGCUAUUUUUGCCCAACAAAAAGCUUGGGGACGGACAUAAUCUUGUCCAAGGCCAACAGCCUCCCGACCGCUCUAACUCCACACUGGUGGACGAGAGAAGAACGCAUGGAAGAAAUUUGGAUGUCUAUGAGACAAAAGCGUGA